UCAUGAUUUUAUUAUACAUCUUCUCAUUCAUAGUUAUGCAAAGCAAUGCAUAAAAAAGUAUGGCAUUUUGUGAUGAUUAUAUCGAGUUCGAUAAUGAGUAUUUUGGAAAAUUUAUUUCGAAUGUCAAACUUUCAAAUGGAGCAGAUGCCAUCUUAGCAGAAAAAAGAGUCCUUAUAAUUGAUGAAGAUCUUAACAUAUUGAGUUCAGUGCCUAUUCCAAAGACUCAGACUCAUAACUGCAAUUGGAUAUUCAAAUAAAGCUCUGAUCUGUUCUUUGUAGGCUGUUAAAAGAAUGGAGAAGGACCUUAUUUAGUUGCUUAUAAAGGUAUUAAUCAAACUCAUUACUCUUAAUUUGGUGAUAUUGUGUAUUUCCCUAAUUUAAAUGAAACAGUAAUCAGUGUUUCUAGUAUCCUAAAUACAAUAUUUACCGUAUAAUCAAAGAAGGUCACAUUAUUCACUUUAGUAUUGUCAGCAUCAGAUUGGAGUAUUAAGACAACCCAAAACGUUCUUGAUAAGAAUUAUUUUACAAUGACAUCUGAAAUCAAUAUUACAGAUGUAGCUUAUGAAUCUUAUUCAUAAGAUAACAUGUCAUUUUACAAAUUGAUAGUAGUUGAAUUCACUUGGGGAGCAUUUUGGGUCGACUCUUUAGUAAAAAAUAAUAUCAUUUCACCAAUUAGAAAUGGCCUAAUUAAUCUUAAAGGAUUUUAUUCACCUUAUGUAUAUAACUAUUAAUCAGCCCUCAUCCAUUCCACAACCUAAAAUGCAUCUCAAAUUACUAUUAAUCUAUUUCAUUAUGAUCGUAAUGAUAUAUCUAUUAAAGUUGUAUAUGUUUCAACAUAAUCAACUACAAUAAAUACGCUUUAUAAUUUUAAUGGCUAAUGGGCAUCAUGGGGUAAACCUAUUAAAUUUGGAAAUUUACAAGGGAUCCUUCGUAGAAAUACAUUAAAACAAAGCGUUUUUAAUGUUUAUAAUAUCAUUAUCCCUCCAGUCCUAAACGAAAAUUAAGUAGCUGUCACUACCUAUGAUCCAGUAGAUACUUUUGCAUCUCCUCCAUAAGAUUUUCCUAUCUACUAUUUUAAUUCUGGAUACAGAGUAGUACAUAGUAUAGAAAAUAAUAAAUUACAAAGUUGCGACCUUUACAACUAUAAAUUGGAAAUGGAAUGAA